GAAAUCCGACAAAAGGCACAGAAACUAGCGGUCAUUCCGAUGUGCAAAACGCUGACCGACUAUAACGGCAUAAAUCAGUUGGAAAGCCGUCGUAUCGACGAGCUAUUGGUGGCGACCAACGUAUUCAUCACCGAAUUGAGCGAUAAUAACGUGGAGAUUAGGGACCCAAAUGAGUUUAUGCAAGUGACGAACCAAAAGUACGAGCAGAUUAUCCAGACUAUUGUCGAAUUCACCAAAAGAUUGGACGGUUUUCAGAAACUGUGUGUCGAGGACCAGAUGUCACUCGUGAAGUACGGAUUGGACGGUUUUCAGAAACUGUGUGUCGAGGACCAGAUGUCACUCGUGAAGUACGGGUGCCUUGAAUUGAAUUUUCUCAGAAGUCUACUGUAUUUCGACGAACAAACUCAAGAAUAUCUGUUCCCAUUAUUAUCUGCGAUCGUAAUUAUGAACCCUAAGCGACCAAACCUAACGCACAAACAAAGUAUCAAACUGGAGCAACAGCUUUAUGUGUAUUUAUUGCAACGAUACUUACUAUUGAGAUAUCAAUCGGAGUCGGAAUCAAAACUCCAGAAACUGAUGGUUUCGUUGACAGACCUCACGAUUGCAGCCGAAGCCCAUAAACAGUGCGAAGUGCAAGAGGUUUACGAGUGUAGGUCUUUAAUACAAUAUUAUGGCCCACUUUUAAGCGAAGUCUACGAUUUGCAUCAAUUACUAUAAUUUUGGUCAA